AUGGCCGCCGCUCGAGAUGCGCCGAAGCCCCAAAUUGACCGCCAGUCCACAACGCCCUUCCAUCUGAAGCUUUUCUACCGUGUGAACAACUUCCACCACCUGUCAGACUUUGCUCCCCAGUCAUCGCCUGCGUCGUACGGUGGUCCUGUCAGCGGCCCCAAUGCCAUUCGGGCGCGCUCCCCUCCCCCGCCGCCGCUCCCUGCCCACCUUCAAAUCUACACCUGGCAGUCCUGCUCACUGCGCGAGUUGUCACAGCUCCUCACCUCCGCCUUGCCAUCACUACUACCAGACCCUCCCGUAGGCACACGAUUAUGCUUCCGCCUCAUUUACCCCGACACAAAGACCGCCGCGACGAUGGGGCCCGAGGCGCGCGGCCGAUACCUGAGCAAGGACAUAGGCAGUGUGGUGGUCGGACCAAGAGACAGCCCGUACCGUGAUGAAAAUGACGAAGAGAACGGCGCUCCUGCGGGACCCCGGGCCGGUCCCCUACGGCUCCAGGGCCACGACGCCGACAAAACGCUACAAGACGUACGAUUCGUGAUCGGAGACUAUGUGGAUUGUGCGAUUCUGCCGCCACUGGAGGACGGGUCGGUAGCACCACCGAUCACGUCUGGGAGGGGGUCCAUCGGUGCGGCUGUUGGGGGUGGCAUGAGAGCAUUCCGCGAUAAUGGAUUCGCAGGCCGGCCAGGCCGGGGAGGUCGAGGCGGCGGCGAGCGCAUUCCUGCAGGCGAUUGGAGACGGGGAGAGAGGCUACCGGAAGGAGGGGGACGCGGGAGGAGAGGAUGGGGUCCUUAUUAA